CAAUCACUCUUCUUCUAUCCAGGCUAGACGCAUCAUUCAAUAGAUACGAACGAAGGAGGCUUCUAUGCAUCUGAUUCCAGACAGACCGUUUCCUGUCGGCAUCUAAAUCAAGCCGGUCGCUGAAAAUCUGGCUCUAACUUCCGAUCCCAUUCUUGGUCGCUGAUGAAACUUUACUGCGAGGGGAAAAAUCCUGCGUUUAUUAAAAAAGCGGCGGUGAUGUUCGCGCGAGUUGUGGCCAAAGUGUCCGUGCACGACCGACGGGAAUAAACUCUUAUUAUUCAGAGGGGUUAUUUUCGCCAGGAAACAAGAUAUCUAUACGUCUCUGAUUCUCGAGAAGCUAAAAUGAAACGAAAGCCGACCGCCGGUGGCCAAGAAACCGAGAAAAAAGACUCUAGCUCGUGGCCCUUGUAUAGCUUAGUUAGCACCGUCGCCGCGGCGUGUUAUUUCAACGGUCUAAACGGCGACUUCGUACAUGACGACAUCCCUGCAGUGACACUUAAUAAAGACGUUCUGGCUAUCAACUCACUCAUACACGUUUUCAAGAACGAUUUCUGGGGCACGCCCAUGUCUGAUUUGUACAGUCACAAAUCCUACAGACCUUUCACGAUUCUUACGUUCAGGCGUCUACCCAGGAGAGGACUUCGCUGCGACGAAUAGAAUGAAAUAUAAUUUUUUAUUUAUUUUGUAAAUAAUUAUAC